UAGGGCCUCAAGAAGAAAUCUGUCUUCCUAUUUCGUAAAAUCUCUUAGAGAAUUUUCUAUUAAAAGCCCUAAAAUUCUGAAAGAGAAAAAGGACUGUUGCGCCCUCUCACAGAAAGAGGGGAAAGGAAUAUUUUUCGCUGUUCUAUUAAGCUAAAAUGCACAUACGAUUUCGUGUGAUCCCAGCAGUUUUGUCCUCAUGGCUUCUGAUCAUUUUGACCGUCCACCUCACUGCCCCAAUCACCGAUGCUAGUGUUAAUGUACCCGGAGCAUUUGAACGUGAAAUAGAUAACUUAGCAGCUCUUGCCAGAGAACAGCGAAGUGUUGAAGAUCUUGUACCAGCAGAGGAUAAGCCGCUUCAGCCGCGUUCAAAAGAAUCCAAAUGUUUCCUCGAAAGUCGACCAUCUGAGGGAGUGUUCAAGCGCGUGGAUGCCUUAUUUGACUUUGCCGACAGAGCCGAAGGUGAAUGCCAGCGCCAUCUUUUCAGCUUGAUCGAAGAGCAAGCCAAUGGUGUUGACAUUAGCAAGAAGGCUACACAUCAAGAGUGCUUGGCCAAAUGUAGUGACUCUGAGGAAUCCAAGAAGUCUUGUAGCAUUUUCCUUCCAAACUCUGACAAAUACUACCACAAGCUUGUCGUCAAGAGUAAAACCACUGGAAGACGAUUUGGUGUUUGUGUUCGAACGACCAGCUUUGAUGCUGAGGAUAACCGCGAGAAUGGUAUCUUCAACAGCAAGAAAGAGUGCAAAGAUGCCUGUGGUUUUUCAGAAAAGGACACUUCAUCCCAAAAAAGAAGCCAGGUACCAACAUUAAACAAGCGAUCAGGUUGUGAACUCUACCCCUGUGAGAAUGAUGGCACAUGUGUGAACGGAACGUGCGUAUGCCCUGCAGGGUUCGAUGGCAAUUUAUGCGAGAACAAAAAAUGUAACCCAACCUGCCAGAACGGCGGUGUCUGCCAAAACGGUGUCUGUCAGUGUCCCGGUGGCUAUACUGGAUCAAGCUGCGAAACUGCCGUUUGUAGUACACCUUGCAAGAAUGGAGGAACUUGUAAAGAUCCACAGAGGAAUACCUGCCAGUGUCCUUCUGGAUUCUUCGGCAGCCUAUGUGAACAUGCAUCCUGUGUACCCUUCUGCGAGAAUUUCGGAAAAUGCGUAAGGCCCAAUGUCUGUGAUUGUGCCUUUGAGUACACUGGCCCGCGAUGUAAUGCCAGUAAAUGUGCUCACGAUCCUGGCAAURGAGGAGACUGCAAGCUAAAUGCGACCGAUAUGGUGUACGAGACAAUAUGUAUCCCAGGAUAUUCUGGCGAUGGAUGUACCGUUAAGUCAAGAUGUAACAUGAACGUCCAGCCUGGCUACAGCAAGUUGAUUGUCGAUAAGAUUCUUACAACUGCUGGCCAAAACGUCAACAACUUGGAUUGGACUGGAAACAGUGAUUCUACAUCCACAUGUUUAGCCUUCUUGAAAACGCUCAGGAAUGCGUGUAACGGAACAUCACUGACCUUGAACCAAAACAUUUGCGAGGCAAACUGCAUUCCUGCACAAACGGGUAAAGUUUGCGACAGGCUAUGGAAUCCAGCAAAAUACAACUAUGGGAGCGAAUAUUUUGUGAGCAAAUGGUAUCAUGAUUCAACCACUAAGUCCUGCAAAACCUUUGACUUCCUUGGAUGUUAUGCCAACGAUAACAGCUUCAAUAGUGAAAGCGAGUGCCGGGCAUCGUGUGUGGAACCUGUUGCAACAAGUCCCCCACCACCUCCAACCUACCAUCCUACUACACCUGACGAACCUGGUCUUUGUGUGGCACAUGGUAGAGCGCACUUCAGUACGUUUGACCAUACAGAUUACGCUUUCUAUGGCAUUUGUUCGUACCUUCUUCUCUACAUCAAUGAUCCUAACAUCAACUUCCAAGUUAUCCUUGACAACGAUCCAUCGUGCGACAUAAACAGCAAAUGCAAAAAGACAGUCAAGAUUGAUGUGGCGGGUAAAAUCAUCGAACUUUUGCCCAAAGUAGGCAACACUCAAAUUGUAAAAAUUAACAAGAACAUCGUCAAACUUCCAUACAAGCAGGAAAUGCCAAGUAUCAGAGAGGUUGGCGACCACGUGAUUGUGCAAACCAGUGAUAAUAUCUUCAUCUAUUGGGAUGGCUACGAGAACGUCAUGAUCAAGUUACCAGAUUCCUACAAAUCGACUGCUGCAGAGCAAAAAAUUGCUGUAAAGGGUCUUUGUGGUAACUAUGAUGGUGACUCAUCUAAUGAUCUUACUGGUUUGGACAACAAGCUUUACACAAAGAAGACCAUCAAUGAUUUUGGAAAGUCAUGGCUUCAUGACACCUUGUGCACCAAAGAACCCUCGAAGCCACAGACAUGUUUCACUUUACCAGGAGAAUCGUACGAAGAUGCCCUCAACCGAGCAGAGAGAAUCUGUGAAACAAUUAAUUCAGCGCCUUUCCAACCAUGCCAUCCUAAGCUAUCGAGUAAAGAAUUCAAGUAUAUGUGUAUCGCAGACGUCUGCGCGUGUAAUACUACAGCCCGAAGUGACUGCCCCUGCAAUGCGUUGGCGAUGUACUCUCGAGCAUGCGCAUGGAGCCAUAAUACCACCCUAGCCUGGAGAAGUCCCUCUCUAUGCCCUGUCACAUGUCCAACGGGUAUGGUGCACAGCGAGUGCGGAUCGGCUUGCCCAUUGGAAUGCACCAACUUGAACAAUGACCCCUCAAAAUGCCAAUCCAAAUGUCUGGAUGGUUGUCAUUGUCCUACUGGAGAAUACUUCGAUAAUGGAAAAUGUGUUGCUAAAAGCAAGUGUUCCUGUCACCAUUCAAACAUCCGUUAUCCACACGGUUCUAUCCGUCAAAGUGAAUGCGAAAACUGUACUUGUAACGGUGGACAAUGGAAUUGUCAAAAGAUUCCUUGUAAAGGAACUUGUUCUGUUCUUGGAGAUCCACACAUUAAUACCUUUGAUGGCAGGUCAUACAAUAUGCAUGGCAGGUGUGCAUAUGUCUUGUCUGAACACUGUCACUACAGCGCCGCAGAAACCAAGAAAUUUUCUAUCGUUUUGAAAACCGUCAACUGUCAGUCUGAUGCUGCCUGCUCUCGCCAGCUCAUCAUAAACAUUACUGGUGCAGCGCUUAUUACAUUGGGUAGUACAAAGAGUGGUAACAAUUUCUUGCCAACAAUUACAGUCGAAAAUGGUAACCCCAAAACGUACUACUCCAAACUGGUUGACAUCGAACAUGUUGGCCAGCAGACCGUGCAAGUACAUGCAGUUAUCGGGUUCAUGUUGACCUGGACCGGUUACAAUGCUUAUCUGACAGUUAAACCUGGUCUUGAGGGUCAGACUUGUGGUCUUUGCGGAACCUUUAACCACAAUGCCGGAGAUGACUUCCACACACGUGAUGGAGACACAGAAGUCACAGCUAUUGCUUUCUCCAAGGAAUGGAUGUUGCCUGACAGCGCACAAGUUGAUCCAAACUGCCACAGAACCAACUGGGCAAACCUCGACAACCCGUGCAGUUUGUACAGCAGCUAUCGAACAUAUGCCAAUGACAGCUGUAGCCACAUUAACGACGUAAACGGCAUCUUCAAGCACUGCCACCGUUACAUUCCACCAAAUGAUUACUUUCAAAAGUGUUUGGGUGAUGGUUGCAAGUGCAAGGAUUGUCUCUGUGAAGUCGUCUCCGCAUAUGCCAGAGCUUGUGCCGAGAAGAACAUCAUUGUUAACGGAUGGAGAAAUAUAAUCACUGACUGUGCUUCCAAAUUUAAGUGCGAAGCAGGAAAAGUUCUCAAACAGUGUAAUAAAGAUCCAGCCACCAAUCAACCUAUUUGCCCUCUGACAUGUAACGACUUGUCAAAGGUUUCUCAGACCUGCAGCAGCCGCGGAUGCGUUGAGGCAUGCUACUGUUCCACGCCAGGCCAUUACUUGAACAACGAGCACAAAUGUGUCCCUAAGACUGAAUGUCCAUGCUACCAUAACGACAAGGUGUACAGAUAUCAAGAAGUACGCAAAGAGGGUUGCAAUAACUGCACUUGUGUUGGUGGCUCCUUCGAGUGCACAAACGUCAACUGUGAAUCUAUGUGCCAGGCCAAGGGAUUGGUCUAUAGCGAGUGCGGAAAAACAUGCAAAAACCUUAACGAGCCUUCGAAUUGCCAAGCUGGUUGCUUUUGUGCUGCUGGACUUGUUAUGCACGAGAAUGGAACUUGCCUCCCUGUCGAUCAAUGUCAGUGUACACACAACUCUAAGUUCUUCGACAAAGGAGCUGUAUCGCCAAUAGACUGUUCAAGACGCUGUGAUGGUAAGAGGAAUUGGGCACAAACACCUGGUAUCCAAUCUCAGCCUGAGUACGAGUGUUCGUCUUUCGGUCAGGGACACAUUGAAACAUUCGAUGGAAUGCUCUACAACUUCGACAACGCAGGAUGCAGCUACAAAAUGGUGGAUCAUGCAGAUUUCGGCUUAGUGGUGAAAAAGAAGAAGUGUGUGAACUCUUUCGAGCUUCAAAUGUGCAAGGAAGUCACCAUUUCUUUACCAAAAGAUAAUGUUGAAAUAGUUUUAAUGCAGAAAACGUUCACCAUCAAGCGGAAUAAUGUACCUUCAACUUACAAUCCAGGAGAAUAUCCGCCUCCUUGUAAACCUGUUAUGGAAGGUAACAUCGAUAGCAUCGAAAUCUUCCAAGUAGGUCUGUUCCUUAUUGUGCGAAUCGUUGACAAGAUGAAUCCAAAGCUCACUAAAUUUGAGAUCAGGUUUGAUCAAGGAACUCGAGUCUAUGUCACAGCCAAUCCAAUUUACAAAAAUCAGCUCAAGGGUCUUUGUGGAAAUUUUGACGGUAGCAAGUCAGGUGAAAGGCUCUCGUCAACUGGGUUCAUAGCAAGUUCUGUUCCAGAAUUUGUAAACUCGUGGAAGACCGGUGAUGAUUGUGAAAAUUCGAAGCAAAUAUCGCCUUGUGAUUUGUAUCCAGACAGAUCUGCCUGGGCCCAAAAAGGUUGCAAUGAGAUUCGUAAUAAUCCUAACUUCACCAUAUGUCACGACUCGGUGGAUCCAGACGAGUACGUCAAAGCUUGUGAAUAUGAAUCCUGUCUUUGUCACGAAGGUGGUGAUUGUGCCUGUUUCUGUUCAGCUGUAGCUGCUUAUGUUCGGGCCUGUAAUCGCUUUGGAAUAUCGAUCACUUGGAGACGUGAAGGAUUUUGUGAACUUCCUUGUUGCCGUCCUUGUAAAAAUACUGGAGGGUAUAUUGCUAACAAUACAAUACCACACACGUGCGAACAAAAUCCUCAAGACUGUUCGAAAGUAGGAGACCGAUGCUGCAGAGGUGCAAGAGUUGAAGGUUGUUCUUGUCCAAAUAACACAUUCUUCGACGGUAAAAAAUGCGUACCACUGAACGAAACUUGUGAGAAUCCAUGUUCGUCAACAAGUACGAUUAGUACCAUUAGUAGUACUACCGUUGUCUCUAGCACUUCCCUCACGUCAAGUGUCUCAACAACGAUUAUCUCCUCGUCAACGAUCAGUACCCCAACAAUCAGUACAAGUCUUUCCUCGACUAUUUCUUCUUCUUCAACGACCAUUUCUAGCUCAUCCAGUGGAAUUGUCUCAUCUUCAUUCUCACUGAUAACACCUUCAAGUUCAACGCCAACCCUCACAACUAGUUUUGGAACAAGCUUCCCUUCAACUAGCUCAUC